AUGACCAGUUUAGUUACGGACCGCCCUCCCCCUUCUCAACUUGAAGAACCAGCACAGAGAAGUGUGGCAGCGUUGGACUGUGCUCCCCCUUCCCCGCUUGAGGAUCCCAUACAGAGCAGUGAGCAUAGCGACGGACUGCCCUCUCCCUUCUCCACUUCAGGAGCCCUGAAGUCCACAAAGCAGCAGUGUCCACGCUCGCGGUCGUCGCGCGGGAGAAAGCGAGGACGUACUCGCAUCCUAACCGAUACUCCGGAAAAAGCAGCCAUCGAAGAACAAUCAAAUAAAAAGUUGGCGAAGAUAGCGGAGAUAGAAAUGAAAAGGAAGAUUAAAGAAAAUAGGCCUACCAAGAAAACAGGGGGGAAGAAGAGUUAUGUAGCGACGGCGAGGGUCAUAGAGCUUUUGAGCCCAUCAGAAAAGAAA